UAGUUGAUUCAUUGAUUGCUGUACUAGUUACCGGAUUGUCUAUCUAAGCGUCUGUCUGUCCUGGUGGCUUCGCUGGCAGACUCCAACUUAAACAUUUCACCAGAAGCAGCUCUGGGGAUAGUUAACCACUCCGUUGACUCGACUCUACCCUUGAAAGAUCCCAGUUCAGGUCCACGGCAAUAUUUUUAGUGACAGAACUAAGACCGAUCGCUUCUUGGCCCGACGCGUCCCCCGCAGCGCGAUAAACCUCAAGAGCUCCAGGAAUGGUCUUGACGAGGCAGACGACCUUGGUCGGCCAUGUCGACGCCCUUUUCUCCAGCAGUACGCAGCACGCCUGGCUUGUCGACGCCUCUGACCCAGAAUACAGCGCCUGUGAUCAAGUUUCGCUGUCUCUACUCCCACGACCUCAGGCGCAAGGCAAAGCGAUGGCACGAUGGCUUCCUUCGGUUUCACACGUUCAACAAACGGGUUAUGGUGUACGACACCCCCGGGAAUUUCAUCGGAGACCUGCAUUGGCGGGAGAGUGAUGAGAUACAAGAUGGGGACGAGAUGGAGUUGGACAAGGGCGUUCUGAUCCAGGUUGGGGAGUGUAUAGAGAAGACGCAGACUGAUCUGUCUGGGCUAUUCGAAAAGAAUAAGACAUCGCAAGGAUCUCCACAGCAUGACAAUUCCACUCCACAGUCUUCCAGAAUAUCAAUACCCAGGUCUACUGCAGGAUCACAAAAUCCGCUCAAGUCGUUGAACGAGCUUCUGGGCAUCAAGAGAACCCCCAUUGGACGGUCAAUCACUCCCAAGUCACCGUACGAGCAACGCCAUGCGCAGCCACCACAGCAGCAUGAUGAAAAUGAGCCGGACGAAAGGCCCGCGAAACGGCCGAAACCACUACCGUCAGAAGACGUUAUACUUCACAGGAAGAACCCCAACCAGCACAUCCGCAGUCGGCCUGUGGUGAUUGACCUCGAUGCACCAACGCCGCAGGCAACACCUACAAAGACAAAUCCCAUCCCAACGAAUCGACUCAAUAAAGAAGAUACAAAUGCUAGGCAUUCUUCGAGAAAAGACCUCCCCGUCCCGGCCAGCGCGCCGGAAAAUCGACCGAACAAGCAGCCCGACACAACGAAAACAUCCUCAACCAAAGCCUCAUCAUUCACAUCGGGGCCCGCUUCGAAGAAACCCAUCCCUGAUGCUCCUAUCAAUGCACUUCGCUUAUCCAGCGCAAAACCACGGAAGAAAUUAAUGUAUAUGGAGCUGUUGGAAGCAGCAGCAAAAAGGGCAGACAAAGCUCCAGUAGUCGAGUCGCUGGCGCAGAUGCAGACGCGUGAUGCACCUGCUGCGAAAAACACUUCGUUGCCAACCCAGCAUAACGAUAACGAUACUACACUUAAUACCCCAGCUCAAGCUGAAUUUGACCCCUCAGACUCGACCUUGUUUGUACUCGAUGAGAUGAUCGAUGAGCAAUCCCCGAAUCGUCCCGCAAGUUCAGAUACUACAAGGGAACUAAAGUCCUCGUCGGAUCAACGAAGGACUGCUCUCUACUCGAUUCCACCCCAUCCGGUGACUGACUCCUCUCCGCCUAAUCCACCCCGUUCUCCUCUCAGCAAACAGCAUAGCACUAUCACCAACCAUGUUGCAGCGCCUGAACCAAAUAUUGUGCAGCGAAACCGACCAUCGAGUCCAAAGGCCCCAGUCAGAGAACCAGUCCUGUCAUCUCGUCAUCCACCGAGAAAAUCCCCAAAGACAUUCCGCAAAACAGUCUCGGAUCCAACAGCCUUAAGAAGCAGUGACGGAAACAGAGCAAUCGCAAGACCGACGUUGUCGGAGCAACCCGAAAGCAAAAACGAGGAAAAGGGUCCCUGGACAUCAGAGGCUCUGGACCUCUUCGAUUGGUGGCCACCCGGACGACCGAAGCCUUGUUGAAACGACAAUAUAUGCGACACGCUAUGAGCUAAUGAUCAAUAUUGGGCUGUUAUCAUCAACACCAUGUAUCUCUGUAUAAACCAGCGGCGCUGGUCAUUAUUUUCGUUACUUUACUUCACUUCGAUUUCUAUAUUAUAGUUCAGAUCAUUAGAAGAUACCCAUAUCGUAUAGAACAUAUAAUAAACGCAUGAAAUCAAUCAAUUCAUCCAAGAAAGA